AUGGCCGACAUCCUGAGUAUCGGCGGUGAGCCGAUCUUCGACGAGCGCAUUGUCGGAAUCGAGACUCACACAUAUAACCCGUAUGUCAACACGACGUUCGGGCACAACGACGAGAUACGAAUACCCAUACAGCAGCGGGAUCUGUAUACGCUGCCGUGCGACAGUUUCCUGUACGUCAAGGGACGACUCUAUGACGACGGCGCAACGACGUCGGAGGCGAGGGACGAUCAAAGGCAAUACGCGAAAUUGGUCAACAACUGCGUCGCGUUUAUGUUCGACGAGAUUCGAUACGAACUCGACGGCGUGGAGAUCGACCGGUGUAGAAAUGUCGGAAUAACCAGCACGAUAAAGAACUACGUGUCGCUGACCGCCGAACGAGCCAGGAGACUGCAGAACGCCGGAUGGAGUUAUCCGACGAACGAAUCGAAUCUGAACAGCGCAUCCCGUCAAUUCUACUUUUGCGUGCCUUUGAAUAUUUUUUUGGGUUUCUGCGAGGACUACAAACGCGUGGUAAUAAACGCGCGACACAAGUUUAUCCUGAUACGAGCUCGUAACGACGUCAACUGCGUCGUAGAUCCGAAAAAAAUCGUGCCGAGAGAUCCAGCCAAGGAUCCUAAAAUUACGCUAUUAAAGGUGCAAUGGCGUAUGCCGCACGUGGCGUUAAACGACGUGACUAAAUUGUCGCUAUUACGAACGUUGGAAAGCGGACGAUUUCUGAGCGCGGACUUUUGCUCUUGGGACCUGUACGAAUUUCCCUUGCUGCAGAGCACGACCAAGCAUUCGUGGGCCGUCAAAGUCGCACCGCAGUUGGAUACGUCAUAUUUGCGCUGCAGACCGGACGGCGAAAUGAAUUCACGGAGGACUCCUCGAGGUUCGAUCAUUGCGCGCUCGCCAACGUGA